AUGUUCCAUAAUUUGACUGCCUUUUCACGGAGGGACUUGAAGCCCUAUAUCGCCGAGUUCCUUGGGACUGCCCUCCUAAUUGUCAUUGGAGACGGAGUGGUCGCUCAAUGCCUUCUCUCUGAUUAUCGUUAUGGCACCUGGCUAUCAAUCAACAUUGCCUGGGCAGCAGCAGUCACUCUUUCUGGCUAUCUCUCCGAUCCCAGUCCUACCAUCAACCCCGCCGUCACAAUCUGCCUGGCCCUCGUUCGUCCGUCUCCGGGACAGUGGCAGAAGCUACCAGGCAAGCUGUUUGCCCAGUUUUUUGGUGGCUUUGUUGGUGCCGCCAUCGUAUAUAUCAACUACUGGUCAGCCAUCAAGGACUGGGACCCUGAGUACACCAUUCCCGGUGGUUCGAUUCUGAGUCCGCAAGGACACCAUUCAGCAGGCAUCUUCGCGACCUAUCCUGCCGACUUCUUCUUUACUAACUGGCAGGCCGCAUUUUCCGAAUGGCUUGGCUCUGCGGUGCUCAUGUUCGGAGCUCUCAGCAUCGGAGACCCGGCUAAUGCCCUUCGCUUCCACUCAUCUCAACUCUCCAUGUUUCUGCUCCUUCUGGCCAUUGGUACCUCGUUGGGCUGGCAGACUGGCUAUGCCAUUAACCCUGCGAGAGACUUUGGCCCGAGACUAUUCUCCGCAAUCAUCUAUGGUAGAGAGGUGUUCACCUCAGACAACUACUAUUUCAUCGUCCCUAUCAUCGCUCCAGUUAUUGGCUGUAUCACGGGAGCCACAGUCUACGACUCUCUUCUCUAUGAGGGAGACGGGUCUCGCGUCACGGACGCAGUGAACAAAGUGGAGGAGCGAAAUGGAGCUCUUCGACUGGAUUGA